GUCAUUACGGCUUCGCAAAGUUAUCAGUCGGUAGGAACGGUUCCUACUUAUUAUUUUCAGCAAAUAUUGUGAAUAGUGUAAAUUUCGAGAAAUACACCAGUUCUCUUCGCUAAAUCAUACAAAAAUGAGGAUUAAAUAAACAGCUACCUAAUUGGUGUCGUGAAACAGUUGACAUCAGAGUCGCUCCUCAUUCAAAUUGAUAUUUGAACAGGAACAUUUUGUAAUUAACCGGGGGAAGGACGACUUUUUUCCAGGCGCCACCCAAGACAAAUUCCUCAAAAUGCUACCCUUGACCCAUAAAGAUAAUCGGGGCUUCACAUACAAGGUGCGGGAGAAGUUCAACAGUCUAUCGCGGUUGAUAUUUUCGGACCGCAACUCAAGGAACCUGUUUUUGUUCCUGUUGUUGAAUUUAAGUUUCGCUUUCGUCGAACUUCUUUAUGGCAUAUGGACUAAUAGUUUGGGUCUGAUCUCCGAUUCCUUCCACAUGUUCUUCGAUUGUACUGGUCUGCUCGCUGGCUUAGCUGCUUCAGUUAUAACCAAAUGGAAGGCAAACGAAAAAUACUCGUACGGUUACGUGCGAGCAGAAGUUCUGGCUGGUUUUGUCAACAGUUUGUUCUUGCUUUUUAUUGCGUUUUUCAUCAUGUCGGAGGCCGUGGAGCGAGCCAUUGAGCCUCCAGAGGUAAAGCACGAACGUUUGUUCGUUGUUUCGGUGCUCGGAUUGUUGGUCAAUCUGGUUGGUAUUUUUGCAUUCCAUCAUGGUGGACAUGGUCAUAGUCACGGUGGCCACGGACAUAGCCAUGGCGGUGGAGGACAUGGCCAUUCUCAUGGUGGAUCUAAUGACACUCAAAACUUGUUGGCUAACCACAAUCAUCACGGACACAGCCAUGGAGCAGACGAUCAUCAUCACCAUCACGGCUCGUCUUCGGUCACUGUGGAACCAAAUCUAAGCUCAAAUAACUCCCAAAUUAUGCGUGGCGUCUUCCUGCACAUAUUGGCCGAUACUCUCGGUUCCGUGGGCGUUAUUAUCUCUGCCGUGCUUAUGCAAUUGUUUGGCUGGAUGCGUGCAGAUCCGAUUUGCAGUAUGUUCAUUGCGCUAACCAUCGGUUUGAGUACCCUUUCGCUGAUUAAGGAGUCCGUCAUGGUUCUGAUGCAACGACAACCGGUAUCUUUGGAUAGACAGCUGGCCCAGUGCUAUCAGAAAGUGACGGGUUUAGCAGGAGUUUACAGCGUACAGGAACCACACUUCUGGACUCUCUGCAGUGAUGUGUACGUCGGAUCCAUCAAACUGGAGGUUUCGAAAAACGUCGAUCCACGCUACGUUGUGCAGCAUACGCGAAUGAUUUUCGAAGCGAUCGGGGUGCGACAAAUCAACAUUCAAUUGGACUACGCUGCGAUGUGAUAGAAAGAGUAAGUAUUCUUCCCCAUUUGUUUUUCACUGUGUUGUAUCCUUUGUGAGUCCUGUGGAAUUUUGCGAGUUAAUGCGAGAGAAAGAACGAGUCCUACUGUUAGGCGUGCUUUGUUGAAGCACGGAAAAGCGAACAUCAAAAUAGUAAAGUAUGAUAUUUAAUGUGCAUUUACUGAGCGACAGUAAAUUAAACAAUUCCAACUAUUUUGUUUUCUCCUAAGAUUAUUUUAAAACGAAUACUACAAACAUUGAGGACUUAAUUUUAUAUACAACUUUGUUUCAAUAGAGAAAUGCCAGUAGA